UGCUGUGCUGGGCCUGUCCUGUCCUGGGCUCGGCUGUUGCCUGCGAUGCCGCCCCUCCAGUGACUCGCACCCGAGCUCCGCUUCCUUCCGCCGCGCAGAGCAGAGAGUGCCGCCCCCCCUGUGAGCGUCCCGCGGCCUCGCCCAGCGAUCAUGUCCCUCCCGACGGCCCGAGCGUUGCUCCUCCGGGGCUGCACCGGCACCGGCACCGGCACCGCCUCUCUCCGCCGCCUCCUCCUCCCGACCGCGGCUCCUCCUCCCGCCGCAGAGAAAAACCCUGUGGUUUACAUCCAGGUCUCGGUGGACAAGGAACCAUUGGGCCAAGUCACGAUUGAGCUCAGAGCAGAUGUGGUCCCAAAGACUGCAGAAAACUUCCGUGCAUUGUGUACCGGCGAGAAGGGCUUUGGUUUCAAGGGCUCCAGCUUCCACAGAAUUAUUCCAGACUUCAUGUGCCAGGGCGGAGAUAUCACACACCACAACGGCUUUGGUGGAAGGUCUAUCUACGGCCCAUCAUUUCUAGAUGAGAACUUCAUACUGAAGCACACAGGACCUGGUAUCCUAUCAAUGGCCAAUGCUGGACCAAACACCAAUGGAUCCCAGUUCUUCAUUUGCACUAAAACGACUUCUUGGUUAAAUGGGAAGCAUGUUGUGUUUGGUCACGUGAAGGAUGGUAUGGAUGUUGUAAAGAAGAUGGAAGACUUCGGCAGUAGCACUGGCAAAACCAAGGAGAAAAUUAUCAUUACUGAUUGUGGAGAGAUGUCCUAACUUACUCAUCAAUUUGUGAUUGGAAUUCUGCUAUUCAAAUAAAACAAGAUCAAUGUGUUUUUUCCAA